AUGGAUCCUCAAAAUCUCGAAAAUGAUGGGGUUGAGCAUGUGAAUUAUUGUCUCCAGCAUUAUACCUCUGCAGACACAUGUAGGAGUGCCUUCAAAGCUCCCCUCGAUCCAAGCACUUCCUUGGGAGGUUUCUCAGGGAACAAUUAUUCGGAGGCAUCUGCAUUUAUUGUAACUUAUCCAGUAAACAACGUGAUUGGUAAAGAAGGGAAUGAAACUGAUAAGGCUGUUGCUUGGGAGAAGGCUUUUAUUCAGUUAGUGAAGAAUGAAUUAUUGCCAAUGGUGCAAUCGAAGAAUCUCACACUUUCUUUUUCAUCGGAAAGCUCCAUUGAGGAGGAAUUAAAAAGGGAAAGUACUGCAGAUGUCAUUACUAUAUUGAUUAGCUAUCUUGUGAUGUUUGCCUACAUCUCUCUUACUCUGGGUGACACACCUCAUUUAUCUUCGUUUUACAUUUCAUCUAAGGUGCUGCUUGGUCUUUCUGGAGUUAUGCUUGUCAUGCUGUCUGUUCUUGGAUCAGUAGGAUUUUUUAGUGCCAUUGGAGUAAAGUCUACACUAAUCAUCAUGGAAGUCAUUCCUUUUCUUGUAUUAGCUGUUGGGGUGGAUAACAUGUGCAUAUUGGUGCAUGCUGUUAAGCGGCAACCAUUGGAGUUGCCACUAGAAGGACGGAUAAGCAAUGCUCUUGUGGAAGUUGGACCAUCCAUCACGCUUGCUAGUCUGUCUGAGGUUUUAGCAUUUGCAGUUGGAAGUUUCAUUCCUAUGCCUGCAUGCCGUGUUUUCUCUAUGUUUGCUGCACUCGCUGUUCUUUUGGACUUUCUUCUGCAAGUCACUGCUUUUGUAGCUUUGAUAGUUUUUGAUUUUUUGCGAGCGGAGGAUAAGAGAGUCGAUUGCAUUCCAUGUAUGAAAAUCUCAUCAACAUAUGCAGACACUGAUAAAGGAAUUGGUGGGAGAAGACCUGGAUUACUGGCUCGUUAUAUGAAGGAGAUCCAUGCACCCAUACUCAGUCUUUGGGGAGUUAAGAUAGUAGUCAUUGCUGUCUUUGCUGCUUUCACAUUGGCCAGCAUAGCAUUAACCACUCGAGUUGAACCUGGUUUGGAACAACAAAUUGUUCUUCCGCGGGACUCAUAUCUUCAGGGCUAUUUUAAUAACGUUUCAGACUAUCUCAGAAUUGGCCCACCUCUAUAUUUUGUAGUUAAGAACUACAAUUAUAGCUCAGAAUCAAGUCAUACAAAUCACCUAUGCUCCAUCAGCCAAUGUGAUUCAAAAUCUCUUUUAAAUGAGAUUGCAAGAGCAUCCUUAACACCAGAAUCUAGCUAUAUAGCUAUGCCAGCUGCUUCAUGGCUUGAUGAUUUUCUUGUAUGGAUAUCUCCAGAAGCUUUUGGCUGCUGUAGGAAGUUCACAAAUGGGAGUUAUUGCCCCCCUGAUGAUCAGGCUUCUUGUUGUUCAUCUGAUACAGGUUCAUGUGGUCUUGCUGGGGUCUGCAAAGAUUGUACUACGUGCUUCCGUCACUCAGAUUUGAACAAUGAUCGUCCAUCUACAUCACAAUUCAAGGAGAAACUCCCAUGGUUCCUCAAUGCUUUGCCCUCUGCUGAUUGCGCCAAAGGUGGCCAUGGUGCUUACACUAGCAGUGUAGAUCUGCAAGGCUACGAGAAUGGUGUUAUUCAAGCAUCAUCCUUCCGCACAUAUCACAUGCCUCUUAACAAGCAGAUUGACUACGUCAAUUCAAUGAGGGCUGCGCGAGAGUUCAGUUCAAGGGUUUCUGAUUCUUUGAAGUUUUUGGAGUUCUGCAAUCAUUUUGCUGGUGUUGGCAAUGAUAGUCGUGGAUCUCAUGAUCAAACUCCACAGGGUGUGAUGGCAAUUCUGAAUAUUCAACUGAAUGCAGUCUCUGUUGUCAACCUUGUUAUGUCAGUAGGCAUUGGUGUUGAGUUCUGUGUACAUAUAACACAUGCUUUCUCGGUGAGUAGUGGUGACAGAAACCAACGAGUGAGGGAUGCUUUGGGUACAAUGGGAGCUUCUGUCUUCAGUGGCAUCACAUUAACAAAGUUAGUUGGCGUGAUUGUUCUUUGCUUCUCAAGGACGGAAGUUUUUGUGGUUUAUUACUUCCAAAUGUAUCUCGCACUGGUCCUUCUUGGUUUCUUGCAUGGGCUGGUGUUCUUGCCUGUUGUGUUGAGCAUGUUUGGUCCACCUUCAAGAUGUAAACUUGUUGAGAAGCAAGAAGACCGGCCAUCAGUUUCCUUGCGGCCCUGA